AAUUUCCAUUAAUUUCUCUAUCUUUUCCUUCCACUAACACUAAAUUCUCUCUCUAAAUUAGGGUUUCUCUAUGAGUGUUCUUCAAAAUUCAAGGCUAUUAUGAGUUCAUUCAUCUGAUUUAAGCUUAUUUGGUGGUGUUCUUCAUAUAAAGUUAGCUACCCAUUUCUUCUAAGAAGCAGCAAAGCAAGGAUCUUGAAAUUCAUAGCUCUAAGCAACCCAAAAGAUCAAAAUGGGAUCAUCAUCAAGAACAGAAACAAGCCAUUACUACAGCCCUUGUGCAGCCUGCAAAUUCCUCAGAAGAAAAUGCAUAGCAGGGUGUGUUUAUGCGCCAUAUUUUCCACCAGAGGACCCUCAAAAAUUUGCCAAUGUUCAUAAGGUUUUUGGUGCAAGCAACGUAGCCAAGCUGCUCAAUGAAGUUCUUCCUCAUCAAAGACAAGACGCCGUCGUUUCACUUGCCUAUGAAGCCGAGGCUAGAAUAAAAGAUCCUGUUUAUGGCUGUGUCGGUGCCAUUUCUUUCCUCCAAAAACAGGUCCAAAGGCUCCAAAAGGAGCUCGAUGCAGCUAAAGCUCGUCUUCGUCUCUUCUCUUUCACUGACUUUUCAGCUCCCUUUUCAUCUCAGCCUCAGAUCAUUAGCCCUCCUAUGAUUUGGAAUAGCAACAAUUAUGAUAUCGUUUAUGCUAAUUCUUCUAUGUACUUUAAUGGAGGAAUUUAAAGGAAUUUUGAAGCAAUUUGAAGAAAUUUGAAGGAAUUUGGAAGGAAUUUGAAGGAAUUUGAAGGAAUUUGGAAAGAAUUUGAAGGACUUAGGCUCCAUGUGAGAGUUGAAGUAGCUAGCUCGAAGAGUAUCUAUGUCUGUCUCUAUUGGGUUUUGGUGAAAUGGGUUGAGUCUAUUGAGGGUUUUGAGAAAUGGGUUUGUUUUAUAUUUUGAAAAGAACUCAGGAUUUGUUAGGGUUUGUAUCAUAUUAUUAUUAUUAUAGCCGACUAU